AUGUCCGGCCUACAACGCUUCUUCUCGCAGCCGCUCGACGUGCAAUGGCGCACCGCUGUCUUGCGCCUGCCCCGCGCCGUCCCCGACCUCACCCUCCGUUUCACCUCGCCCGAAGGCCCGCACCCGUUCGUGCUCAAGCUGCCCUCUCGCAGCAGCGCCUACACCAUCCCCGUCUACGUCUUCGUCCCUCCGUCGCCGCCCCCGUCGCCCGCGGGCUACCCCGUCAUCCUCGACUUCCACGGCGGCGGCUUCGUCAUGGGGUCGUGCCUGGAGCAGUCGCCCUUCUGCGCCAAGAUGGCCCGCGACCUGCGCUGCGUCGCCAUCUCGGUCGACUACCGCAUGGGCCCCAUCGACAAGUUCCCCGCCGCCAUCGAGGACGGCGAGGACGUGCUGAGCGCGCUGCUCGACCCGUCCUCGCCCGCCCACAAGCCCCUGCGCGACGGCAUCGCCGCCAACGUCAAGCCGCCCGCCGGCUCCGGCUCCGGCUCCGCCGCCGCGCCCCCGAAACCGACGUCCGUCACACUCGACGCCUCGCGGCUCUGCCUCUCGGGCUUCAGCAGCGGCGGCAACCUCGCGCUCAACCUCGCCCUGUCGCUGCGCGAGCCGCAGGUCCCGACGCCGUGGCCGAGCCGCAUCCCGGCCGCGCACGCGCGCCCCGUCCCGCUGCUGCUGUACUACCCGUCCUUCGACGCGCGCCAGCUGCCGUCGGAGCGCACGCGCCCGCCCAAGCUGCCGCUCUCCAAGUCCUUCUGGGGCGACAGCUUCGACGUCCUGCACCCGACGUACGUGCCGCGCGAGCUGGCGGCGCACCCGCGCGCCUCGCCCGGCCUCGCCGACCUGCGCGACGGCGGCCUGCACCCCCGCGCGCGCAUGUACCUCGUCCUGCCCGAGCUGGACUCGUUGGCCGAGCAGAGCGAGGCGUGGGUCAGGAAGGUGGCCGAAGACGGGCGCGGCGGCGACUUGCGCGUCGAGCGGUUCGAGGGCAUGAGGCACGGGUGGACGCAGAUGCCCGUGGGCUGGUUGGACGAGGGCCAGAAGAGGGCGAGGGAGGUCACGUUUGAGACGGCGGUCGAGUUUGUGAGGGAUGCGUGGGAGGAGGGGGAGGUGUCGGCGGGCGUGGGGAGCGUGAGGGCUUGA